AUGAGUGAGAGAGUACAAAGUUUCUUAGAACAAAUGAUUUUGCUAAAUGGACCAAUAUCUGCAGGUAAAGCAUUGGAAGUUUAUUACUCCAUCUUUGCUGAUGUUGACCCUUUCAGAGAUCGUGAAGAAGCAAUUCUUUCCAUGUUCAUAACGAAAUGGUACGAAACAAAUAGAGAUAGGGAAGUUUCAUACGGAAUGUUUGUACGUGAAUAUGCAGAAUAUUACGCAAAAGUAAAUGAAAACAGAUAA